CAUCAAGGAACCAACCAGUAAACCAACCGUGAACACAAAGCAAGGCAACUCAGUGCCUUCCCUUGCACAACUACACGUUACUCACAUUGGUUCGUUUAUUUUUACAAAUCACGCAUCCUAUCCCCCACCCACCAAGCGACACCAUGUGAACCUCUCGCUGGAUGAAAUUAAGGCUUCCGAAAUUGAAAAAUUUUGGCACACCGUGGAGAGAUGGGCGGGCGGUGUAACGGGUACAUGGGACUUUCGGAUGGAGGGAAGGCUAAAUUCCCUCAGAAUAUUGCCGAGUAUGAAGGAAACAAUUGUUGGUGAACAUGUGAUGCCGGGUGGUGACCUCAAGUUGACCUCCGAAUUUUGA